AUGGCCACUCUUCCCAGGACAGUGGCUCUUCCACAGGACAGUCUAUCUUCCGCAGUUAUUAGUAUCUGCCACUCUUCCACAGUGGGGCCAUUCUUCGCAGCCUGUUCACAGGACAGCCACUGUCCAUUCAUCCCUGUUCUACUAUAUUUAAGAGGGGUCAACAACACCAACAAGACGGUGAAGAAGAUAAAAAUUUCAGUACGCCAAUAUGCCGAUAUCUGCCUGUUCAAUACGGCACAGUACAAAUGUCCCGUGGCUGUGGAGGAGGCUGAUGACAUGGUGGCUCCAAGUUCAACAUUCUGCAAAGUCUACACCCUUACCCCAUUCCUGGCCAACAACCGGGAGAAGCGAGGCCUGGCUUUGGAUGGCAAGCUGAAGCAUGAAGACACCAACUUGGCUUCCAGUACCCUCAGGUUGAGGGAUGGCACAAAUAAAGAGAUCUUGGGAAUCAUCGUGUCCUACAAAGUCAAAGUGAAGCUGGUCGUUUCCCGAGGAGGUGAUGUGGCUGUCGAACUGCCCUUCACCUUGAUGCACCCGAAGCCCAGGGAGGAACCUGUGCGUCGAGAAGUUCCAGAGAAUGAAGCGCCCAUAGAUACCAAUCUUAUAGAACUUGAUACAAAGGUUCCAGUGGACACGGUUUGGGAAAUGCUUGACCUAACACAUCAGCAAGGAAUCCUGCCUGGCCUAGCAUGUCCAGGAACAAGCUUGGCUGCUUGAAACCCUUAGCAUGCAAA